UUGAAAUGUCUAAGACGCCUUGCAUCUUAUGGAUUAUUUGAAUCCAUCAAAUUUUUGAUGCGCUGUGGCUGGAACAUAGAUACAGAAAAGAGUUGGAUCAGAGAAUUUGAAAAUGAAGAACAUUUUAACUGCAGUUUUAACGUCGACGAAUACAGCUAUACAAUAGGAAUCACUGAGGAAAACAGGACAACUCUUACAGAUGUUUUAAACGAAAUAGAGAAUGAGCCAACAACUCUACAAGUCCUUUGCAGAUGUAGAAUUCGAAAACAGCUUUCAUCUCAUGGUCAAAGUAUUUUGCCAUUAAUUGAAGAUUUACCAAUUCCAACAAAACUGAAAUCUUUUCUGAAAUUUGAAGAUCGUGAAUGCCCAAAGGAGGAGGAAGUGGUUGUAAAUGUUCUCAGUCCCCAUUAUCAUGAGGAUUCUGAUGACUAUGAUGAUUAUUACGAUUAUGAGGACGAUUAUUACUAUAAUGAUUACUACGGAAAUGAUGACCACCAGGAGAUGAUCUUUGAUACCGAAUCAGAUGAAUGGAUACCCAUAUGGUGGUAGAAAGAUACAGGCAAUAUUAUGAAAUGGAUACAAAGAAUAAAAAGGGAUACACCUGUUAGAAAAUGAUGCUGUGAAUAAAAUAAGAUGCUUGGCUGAGGAAACAAAA